UUCCCACAGACUUGGGACAAAUACAUCAGGACAGAACUCAAAGCCAACCAGAGAAGAACCAUAAUGAACCUUCUUCCCUACUUCUCCACGGAGACCUGGGCUCUUUUGCUUAUUUUUAUAGCCCUCCUGUUAACGUAUGGAACCUGGCCAUUCGGUUUGUUCAAGAAAUUGGGUAUUCCUGGGCCAAGACCUCUGCCAUUCUUUGGGACGUGCCUGGAAUACCGCAAAGGUUUCCUGGAGUUUGACAAUGCAUGUUUCCAGAAAUAUGGGAAAAUCUGGGGGUUUUAUGAUGGCAGGCAACCUGUGCUGGCUGUCAUGGAUCCCCAGAUCAUCAAAACUGUGCUGGUGAAAGAGUGUUACUCCACCUUUACCAACAGGAGGCAUGUAGACCUAGCAGGGGUGCUGCAAAAUGCUGUCUCAUUAGCUGAAGAUGAACAGUGGAAGCGGAUUCGGACUGUGCUCUCUCCAACCUUCACCAGUGGGAAACUAAAGGAGAUGUUCCCUAUAAUGAAGCACUACGGGGAAGCUUUGGUGAAAAAUGUUCAAAAGCAAGUAGAGAACGACAACUCAAUAUCUGUAAAGGACAUCUUUGGAAGCUACAGCAUGGAUGUUGUCACCAGCACUUCCUUUGGUGUGAACAUCGACUCUAUGAACAACCCCAAAGACCCCUUUGUCAGAGAGAUGAAGAAGCUGGUCAAGUUUGACUUUUUUGACCCACUCUUCAUCUUGAUAUUUGUAUUCCCAUUCCUUAGUCCUCUUUUGGCUAAGUUCAACGUAAGCUUCUUCCCCAGUGAUGCUGUGGAUUUCUUCAUAAGAUCCAUCUCCAAAAUUAAGCAGGAUCGUGAAAAGGAAGCUCACAAGGGCAGAGUAGAUUUUCUGCAGCUGAUGCUCGAGUCCCAGAAAUCAUCCAAUCAUGAGAACAAUGAAACCAAUCACUCAUACAAAGCCCUGACCGACUCAGAGAUCCUGUCCCAAGCAUUCAUCUUCAUUUUUGCUGGCUAUGAGCCCACCAGCAACACACUUAGCUACCUGGCCUAUGAACUGGCCACACACCCUGACGUGCAGCAAAAGCUGCUGGAGGAAAUUGACACCAUUUUACCCAACAAGGCUCCUCUCACCUAUGAUGCCAUGAUGCAGUUGGAAUAUCUUGACAUGACAGUAAGUGAAACCCUUCGGCUCUUCCCCCUUGGAGGGCGGCUUGAGAGAGCCUGCAAGAAAGAUGUAGAAGUAAAUGGAGUGACCAUUCCCAAGGGAACUGUUGUCAUGAUCCCACCCUUCACCCUGCAUCGCAGCCCCGAGUACUGGCCAAACCCAGAAGAGUUCAGACCAGAAAGGUUCAGUAAGGAAAACAAAGAGACCAUAGACCCGUAUACGUACCUGCCCUUUGGAGCUGGUCCCAGGAACUGCAUCGGGAUGCGGUUUGCUCUCCUGACCCUGAAAGUUGCCAUCACCAUCCUACUCCAACACUUCACCUUCCAGACCUGCAAGGAAACUCCGAUCCCUCUCAAACUGAGUUCAACUGGAUUCUUAAAACCAGAAAGACCAAUUAUUCUGAAGGUGGUGCCCCGCACCAACACGGCUCCUGCAGAGGCAUAAAACUCAACCGAGGCUGCAACAGUUCCCUGGUGUCUAAUGAGUGCUGUGCUAACAAAGGGAUCACUCAUCAUGGGAAAUCUCUCCUACAUGUACAGACACAGAAGAGCUGCUCUAAUGCUGGAAGCAAUUACUACAUAUUUACUAAUAAACAUAGCUGUCAGAAAUGUAAUGUGGAUCACUGGGCAGUGACAAUUUACAGUCCCCUUAAUUUUGAUGGCAGAAAACAAGAAAUAAAUCCAAAUGAGAAGCUGAUCAUCCACUUCUAAGGGGACUUCUCCAUCUGGAGAGAGGGAAUUACUGUCACAUCCAGGAGAAACAAGGUGUGAUGGAAAUUCAAAUUGCCAGACCUUGCCGGGCAGGGUUGGGUGACGUUCUUCUUGGUGCAUCGAUGCUUGAAAUUUCACGUGUUAUAGUUGAGCUGAUUGGUGUGAGACUAUAUCCUAGUUACCAAAUCCCUCUUGUGCCACGUGUUAAUUAAACUAAAGUGUGUACAAAUACUGUCAUUAAAAAUGUUUGAGAGCUA